AUGUCUCGACUCACGCGAUCACUCCGGGUGCCCCGGCCGAAGACCCUGUUUGGCUUCAUCAGCCUUCAGACCGGCACAGAAGUCAUCUCACUCGCCCUCGUUUUCAACAAGGUCACCGGUGUCUACGGUCUGCUCGCCAUCCUUACCGGCUACCAGCUCUCCCUCCUUCAGCUCUCUACCUACGUCUACUCGAUCGCCAUUCUUAUCGGGCUCGCCAUCCUGGUUCCUCAUGUUCGACGACAAAGCCCCUUCGAGUGCCUGGCUCUCGCGUGGAUGUAUAUUCUCGACACAGUCAUCAACAUUGGAUACACAGCGGCCUUCGGCUUGGACUGGUACUUCUCUACUCAGUUGACCGAAUCAGCCGACCUCAAUAAGACGAACCUGCCCAACUUUGUGGCUGAGGGUAUGCAGGGACUGCGCAAGGAGACAGAGAUGCAUGGAAAGGUUGUGCCACAAGAAACGGCGACGAGCAUGCUCCUGAUCGUUGGGUCGAUGCUGAUCCGCGUUUACUUUUGCUUCGUCGUAAUGGCGUACGCUAAGCAGGUGUUGCAAAAGUACAUGCAACUGAUGAUUCUGGAAGGUCCCGGUGUGGAUGACCAAGAGGGACCGUUCGCUGAGGACCUACCGGACGGCGAGGGCCGCAGGGGACGACUUGGCCGUUUGAUGGUAUCGUACGGCCGAACUUACUGGCUCGAUGCUCGAGAGUCUGAUGAAUGGGCCCCUAACCUGGGUCCCAACAAGUCGGGCUCGGCGGGCACACUGGCUGGUGAGGUCUAAAGAACAUUCGAUAUGGGAGAUGCCGCAGUUUGAUGAAAGAACUCGAAGGACGGUGCACGGAGUCUGGAGUGAAAUAUGAUGGUCAGCGGCCAGGCCGGGAGACGUUGCCGACUGACUUGACACCUCUGCGGUAUGAGAUAUGGCCUGGUACCUUGACCUUUGGAUCUUCUCAGAACGACACGCAUGUUCAGAAUGAACGGGCGCAACACAUGAUAGACGGAGUAAUUGUGAAAGGGGGUGGGUGGCAUUUUUGGUCUUUACGGGGCGACAACGGAGACCAGUCCGGGAUCACAGCCGAUGGCUCGGCCGGCGCGGGACAGAAGCGGCGAGUGCGGCGAAAGUGCGGCAUGCUGCGGAUCGGCUCAGCGGCGUCUGCGGGCGGUGAGAGCGGAUGAAUCGACUCUGCGGCUGGUGAAGCGGCAUUGCGUGAUGGAACGGCCCCGGCAGAUUGCGACGAGACGUCAGAAGCACAUGGCAUCUCAUAAUUACUCGUUGGAUAAUAAGCGCAGAUCAGUGGGCUCGGGGGUGUUCUCUCACAUUGACAAAGGAUGUUGUCAACGGAAUCUGGGUGGACAUGCUUGGAUCAUGAACUGGCUGCAUUGCAAGGGCGAUGGACUAAUGGAGAAAUGGUAAUACCUGUUUCGUAAUAUAGGAAAUCAAAUAAACGUAGAUACCAAGACUCUUCAGCAAGACAUGUCUUGACAGCAUUCGUUUGAGAUGG